UUCUGUAAAAGCGUAUAGCAUUGGUUUAUGAUUAGUUCUUUAUGUAGUAUAUGAAAAGGUAACAGGGCAUAUUUAUAGGAAGAGGAAAGCAAGACAAAGUUUAUCUUACAUCAAGACAAUGUCUUCAGUAAAGAAGAAUAGUAAGAGAGGUGGAGAACAAAAGCAGAAACUAACGAUUAUUUCUUUACUACUUGGAGUAUUUCUGACAGUUGCCGUGAUAGCUUUUGUUACGCUUUUGCUCAUACAUCUUAAAGUUCCUACAGUUGAUGAAUGUCACAGCCAUGAUUGCCAGUAUGGGGCUUGUGAAGCUGACCAGUCCAGAAAUCGAGGUUACAGAUGUAAUUGCAAGCUAGGCUAUGUCGGGGACAAUUGUCAAGUUGCUGUAUGUGAAAGCAAUGAUUGUAAGAGAGGGACUUGUGUGGCGGAUCAAUCCAGGAUAAGAGGAUACACGUGUAACUGUACCACUGGCUUUGUCGGAGACAAUUGUCAAGUUGAUGUAUGUGACAACCAUGAUUGUCAGAAUGGGACUUGUGUGGCGGACCAAUCCAGGAUAAGAGGAUACACGUGUAACUGUACCAAUGGAUUUGUCGGGGACAAUUGUCAAGAUGAAAAACGAUGCGACAAUUGCAUUGAAUACGUGAAAAACAAUAGUUGGAUACUGGCUUUUAAGGCCCAAAGUCAGACAGGAAUUAACCCUGUCGAUGUCUACAAGUCAGUUGGCAUCAGACACGAGGUCAACGGGUCUUAUCCACUGGAAUGUACAGCACUGAAACAGAUUCCUGGUUGCUUUAUGCCAUACAGAACUGGCUUAAUUGAUGAUUGGGAAGAAAUUAAUGUCAAUCUGGUAAAGUUUCAAGUGAUAAUUGAUGACACAAAAACGCAAGAAGUAGUUUUUGAUGGAAGAUCCACUAAAAAUAUUAACUGGUUCACAGCCUCAAGAAUCCUAAGUUCUACAUGGCAGGAUGUAACAUCCAAUGGACGAUUCAAUUUUUUUACCAUAGAAGGACAUCAACGGUAA